AAUGAAGAUGAAGCUUAUUUUCAUUGAUAUUUUUGGGAGAAGUAAUUUACUCUCUCUCUUCCGAGAUUUUUUCCUUUAGAUAAGAUUGGCUCCUCCUCCCCUUUACAAUGAUCCUAGCAAACUGAAAGCAUAAUUAUAAUGUUUUGACUGAGCACUGUCCCAUUUGGAUAAGGUGGAAAUAGCAAAUUGCGGAUGGGCAGCCCAAAACGCAGUGUCCUUGGAAAAAAAUAUUGGUGGUGGUGGACGGGCUCUAUAGUGUGGAAGGAUAACUUAGGCAAACUGCCCAAUUGUUUCGAUAUGCAAGAAACGCAGGGUGUAUAUACAUGCUUUAUGGGAAAUCUAUUAAGAUUUCUUUUCGCUGUUGUAUUUCUCAAGAAUUCAUCUAUUGUGUUGCACUGGUUGUUAUUCUUUUUCCUCAAUUUUAUAGAGGGAGACCCGGCGUGGCGGCUAGACGGUGGAUCCGUGAGAGUGAUCUUCCUAUAUACCACAAAGGAAAUGAAUAGCAAGGCAGUUUUCGUAUAUAGUAAUUAG